AUGCGAGGACUCGGAGGUCCACUGCUCACCAUCGGGGAUCUACUCAGCGACCUCGCCGUCGACGGCGGUGACGACCCCCUCGUCGGCGUCGGAGAUGCGUCCGCCCCCUCAUCUCCAUCGGCGGCGCAGCAAGCGGGGAAGGCUGAUCCGUCCAAUCUCAGCCGGCUCUUCGAGGAACACUACAACAAUUUGAUGAAGGCUCUAGAAGAGAAGGACCCUUCAUGGCCCUCGCUGAUGCUGAAGCUGUGCGCGGCGUUGAAGACUGCAGAUAAGCUGGUGAGUUGCGCGAACACGAAUGCAGAACAGCUGCUGAAGAAGGUGAAAGCACUGGAGGACGUCCUUGAGAGGGGUGAUCAUGCGGUGGCAGAGAUUGUAGAAGCUCUCCAGAGGUCAGGGCUCGCCAAGGAUCGUCAAGGUUCCCAAUCAGAAACGGCGCAAGUAGUGACAUAG